UAAUCACCUGCCUUUUCGCUUGCCCGAAAAAAAGAGUCGGAGGAAAUAUUUGGAUUAUCUGUGUGGACUGGUGAAGUGGCCUGAACAUGAAGACUCUAAUUAAAAUAGUGUCCUGCUGUCUGAUCAUCCUUCAACUGACCGAUGGCAGGAAAUUUUGGGGUAACAGAGCAGACACUGAGGCUGGAGAGAAGAGGAAGAUCCCCUACAAACCUAAAUCAAUCUUCAGGCUUUACACUGACAGCAUAGAUGAUACAUGCACAGUGGAGCUCUUCAAGCCUCACACUCUGGACACUUGUGGUUUCAAUAGCAGCCAUCCUCUGGCUAUCAUCAUUCAUGGCUGGUCGUUGGACGAAAUCAUGGACAACUGGAUAUCCAGGUUGGCAUCAGCACUAAAAAGCUCAGAAGGACACAUCAAUGUAGUGAUUGCAGAUUGGCUGACUCUGGCACACCAACACUACCCUAUAGCUGCUCAGAACACACGCAUUGUGGGCCAGGACAUUGCCCACCUGCUGAGGUGGCUAGAGGAUUUCAAACAAUUCCCUUUGGGAAAAGUACAUUUGAUAGGCUACAGCCUUGGAGCUCAUAUAUCUGGGUUUGCUGGGAGUAACCUAGCUGUGUCUGGAAAAACCUUGGGAAGAAUUACAGGUUUGGAUCCUGCGGGUCCAUUGUUUGAGGGAAUGUCUCAUACUGAAAGACUCUCACCCGAUGAUGCUAGCUUUGUGGAUGCCAUCCACACAUUCACCCAAGAGCGCAUGGGGCUCAGUGUGGGCAUCAAACAGCCUGUUGCCCACUUUGACUUCUAUCCCAAUGGAGGAUCAUUUCAACCAGGGUGCCAGCUGCAUGUGCAAAACAUUUAUGCACAUUUAGUCCAGUAUGGGAUUAUGGGUAUUGAGCAGACAGUGAAGUGUGCCCAUGAGCGUGCUGUGCAUCUCUUCAUUGACUCACUGUUGAACAAAGACAAGCUGAUUAUGGCCUACAAGUGCAGUGACAACACGGCUUUCGAUAAAGGCUACUGUCUGGACUGCCGAAAGAACCGCUGUAACACUUUGGGUUAUGACAUCAAGAAAGUCCACACCGGCACAAGCAAGAGGCUGUUUCUCAAAACCCGUUCACACAUGCCCUACAAAUUGUUCCAUUAUCAGUUCAAGAUCCAGUUCAUCAGCCAAACUGAUAAGAUGGAGCCCACCCUCACAGUCUCUCUAGCUGGGACACUGGGAGAAAGUGAACAUUUACCCAUAACUCUAGUUGAGGAGAUUUCUGGUAACAAGACUUUUACAUUCCUCAUCACUCUGGAUACUGACAUCGGUGACCUGAUGAUACUGCGCUUCACCUGGGAGGGAAGCCCAGUAUGGGCAAACAUGUGGAGCACGGUUAAGGCCAUGAUACCUUGGGCCAAAAGCAGCCGAGGACCACAGCUCACAGUGGGGAAGAUCACAGUGAAAGCAGGAGAGACCCAGAGGAAAACUUCGUUUUGUCCACAGACAGAUGAAGGCAUGUGCAUGCCGUCGCAGGAGAAGGUGUUCGUGCGCUGUGAAAAGAAGCGGAGGAUGAUGAUGAUGAUGAAGCACGACUAAAACAAACUCACCUCACACGUCUGAUCGUGUCUUCACAGCCUUUGGGACUAAUGGGACCGGAUUUCCUGUAAUAUAUGCUUAAUAUUUCGAACGUUACAUUUUUUAUAAGAAAUUAAAGAAUGACCAAGUGUUCAAGGAUUUUAUUAUUAAAUACUGGUUUCGUAUAUUAAUUUCACUGUAGGCUAUGCCAAAUCUUAGUAGAAGCCCUCGUUCCAGAAUCUGAUUGGCUAAAAGGCACGGGCUGCUCUCUUGAUUGACCCUGUGUUUUAGUGUUGAUACUGUACCUCUGUUC